AGCCCAGCCCAGCCCGGCCCAGCCCAGCAGGUGGAGCGGCUCGGGUCCAUGUGCGCUCUGGGGGCGGCCCCGGUGCCGGUCCCGCCUCGCCGCUCCCGGGGCUCCGCGCUGGGGCCGCAGCGGGCGGCGGCUCCGCGCUCCGCGAUGGCUUUCGCCAACUUCCGCCGCAUCCUGCGCCUCUCCGCCUUCGAGAAGCGCCGCUCCAAGGAGUACGAGCAUGUCCGCCGAGACCUGGACCCCGGCGAGGUGUGGGAGGUGGUGGGCGAGCUGGGCGAUGGAGCUUUCGGCAAAGUUUACAAGGCCAAGAACAAGGAAACUGGAGCUCUGGCAGCUGCCAAGGUCAUUGAGACCAAGAGUGAGGAUGAGCUGGAGGAUUACAUGGUGGAGAUUGAGAUCCUGGCCACCUGUGACCACCCCCACAUUGUCAAACUGCUGGGAGCCUUCUACUGGGAUGGCAAACUCUGGAUCAUGAUCGAGUUCUGCCCUGGUGGGGCCGUGGAUGCCACGAUGCUGGAGCUGGACAGGGGCCUGACUGAGCCCCAGAUCCAGGUGAUCUGCCGCCAGAUGUUGGAAGCUCUGCACUACCUGCACAGCAAGAGGAUCAUCCACCGGGACCUGAAGGCUGGGAACGUUCUGCUCACCCAGGAUGGGGACAUCAAGCUGGCUGACUUUGGGGUGUCUGCCAAGAACAUGAAAACCCUGCAGAAGCGAGAUUCCUUCAUUGGGACCCCUUACUGGAUGGCCCCGGAGGUGGUGAUGUGUGAGACCAUGAAGGACACUCCCUACGACUACAAGGCUGACAUCUGGUCCCUGGGCAUCACCCUGAUCGAGAUGGCCCAGAUUGAGCCACCCCACCAUGAGCUGAACCCCAUGAGGGUCCUGCUGAAGAUUGCCAAGUCAGAGCCACCCACGCUCAGCUGCCCUUCCAAAUGGUCCCUGGAGUUCAGAGAUUUCCUGAAGAAGGCGCUGGACAAGAACCCAGAGAGCCGGCCCAGUGCUGCCCAGCUGCUGGAGCACCCCUUCGUCAGCAGGGUCACCAGCAGCAGGGCCCUGCGCGAGCUGGUGGCGGAGGCCAAGGCCGAGGUAAUGGAGGAGAUCGAGGAGAGUCGGGAGGAAGCGGAGGAGGAGGAUUCCUCCGAGUCUGCCUCGCCCCCUGGAAAGCACAAGAGGGACCCCUCCGAGGCGAGCCAGCUGAGCUUUGAUGGGGAGAAACCUCCAGACUCCUCCUUGCCCAAAGCUGUGAACGGCUCCCUGGGCACUGGCAAGGACUCCACAGAUGGCCAGAGCCACAAAGGGACCAGCAGUGACAAACUGGAGAGCAAGCACUCCACAAAACCCAGCCAGGACAAGCCAGACAUCAUCCUGCAGCCGGGACAUUUGGGUAACUCAACGGAGGGGAACAAGGAGCUGGGCAGGGAGGAGAGGAAGAGCAUGGAGGAGAGGAAGAGUGUGGAGGAGAGGAAGAGCAUGGUGGAGAGGAAGAGCAUGGAGGAGAGGAAGAGCAUGGUGGAGCGACCAGAGAGUGUUCUCCUGGAGAAUGUGAGCGAGGAGAAGCUGCCCAAUGGAACCCUGGAGCCCCUGGGACCCUUCCCUGGCCGCUCCAAGAGGGACUCAGACUCUGGCAGCACUUCAGCCUCUGAGAGCCUGGACCUGAGCAUCUCCCUGUCUGCUGACCUGUCCCUCAGCAGGGAGAGCGGCUCCAUCUCCCUCAAGGACUCCCAGAUGCACAAGAAGACCCUGAAGCGCACCCGCAAGUUCGUGGUGGACGGCGUGGAGGUGAGCGUCACCACCUCCAAGAUCAUCAGCGAGGACGAGAAGAAGGAUGAGGAAAUGAGGUUUCUCAGGCGCCAGGAGCUGCGGGAGCUGCGGCUGCUGCAGAAGGAGGAGCACAGGAACCAGGCCCAGCUGAACAGCAAGCACCAGCUGCAGCUGGAGCAGAUGCUGCGGCGCUUCGAGCAGGAGAUGAUGGCCAAGAAGAAGUUCUACGAGGCGGAGCUGGAGGGCCUGGAGCGGCAGCAGAAGCAGCAGAUCGAGCGUGUGGAGCAGGAGCACGCGCUGCGCCGGCGCGAGGAGGCCCGGCGCAUCCGCCUGGAGCAGGAGCGCCAGCACGGCCGCUUCCUGGAGCAGCUCCGCCAGAUGAAGAGGGAGGUCAAGAACGAGGUGGAGAAGCUGCCACGGCAACAGCGCAAAGGGAACCUGAAGGCGAAGAUGGACGACUUCACCCAGAAAAAGCAAGCCAUGGAGCAGGAGUUUUUGGCCAAGCAGAAGGAGGACCUGGAGCAGGCCAUGAAGAACAUCACUGCCCAGAACAAAAGGGAGAUCUGUGACAAGGAGCGUGAGUGCCUCAACAAGAAGCAGCAGCUGAUGAGAGACAGGGAAGCUUGCAUCUGGGAUCUGGAAGAGCGGCAGCAGCAGGAGAAACACCAGCUCAUCAAGCAGCAGCUGAAGGACCAGUAUUUCCUCCAGAGGCACGAGCUGCUCAGGAAGCAUGAGAAGGAGAGGGAGCAGAUGCAGCGCUACAACCAGCGCAUGCUGGAGCAGCUGAGGGCGCGGCAGCAGCAGGAGCGGGCGCGGCUGCCCAAGAUCCAGCGCAGCGAGGGCAAGACGCGCAUGGCCAUGUACAAGAAGAGCCUGCACAUCCACUGCAGCGGCAGCGCCGCCGAGCACAGGGACAAGAUCAAACAGUUUGCUCUGCAGGAGGAGAAGAGGCAGAAGGCGGAGCGGCUGCAGCAGCAGCAGAAGCACGAGUCGCAGAUGAAGGACAUGCAGGCGCAGUGUGAGAGCAACGCCAGCGAGCUCCAGCACCUCCAGAAUGAGAAGUGUCACCUCCUGAUCGAGCACGAAACCCAGAAGCUGAAGUCCCUGGAUGAGAGCCACAACCAGCACAUGAAGGAGUGGCGAGACAAGCUGAGACCACGGAAGAAGGCCCUGGAGGAUGAGCUGAACCAGAAGAAGCGUGAGCAGGAGAUGUUCUUCAAGCUGAGCGAGGAGGCCGAUGGACAGGUGCCAGUGUCCCCAACCAAGCACGCCAAGUUCGUCCCCUUCAGCUCCUCAGAGAGCUUGUAACACCUGGCAGGCUGCUACUGGCCAUUCCUCCUGGGCUGCAGGGGCCAACUUGGACUUGGAAGAGCCUCUCAGCAGCCCCUUGCCACCACAGCACCCUCCUGUCCUGUCCCCACCCUGUGGGACCUCUGAGCUGAGGGGUGCUGGCUGGAGCUUGGGGUGGCUUUCCCAGGAGCUCAGGCUGGGAAUUGGGGCAGGACCCUCUCUGGACUGUACUUGCACUGCUGGCUGGGGGCUCCCUGGACGGGCCUGGUGCUCUCUGGGUUUGUCAGCUCGGGCUGGAGCAGUGAGCACUCUGAGCAGGAGAAGCAGCUCCUCAGGGCAGGGCUGUCACCUCCCUCUGCACCCUGUCCCAUCCUUUGGAAGGUGUGGCUGCUCCUGUCCCAGUCCUUUGGAAGGCCUGGCCUGGGGCACAACAGCUUUGUUGUCUUAAACUCACCUUGGCCUUAGACUUAUUCCUCUCCACUGUGGUCCAUUUUUGCCACAGAGGGACAGAGAUUUGGGUUUUUUCUGUCCUCCUCCUCCCCACACAGACUGUGCAGAAAGGGGCUGGAUGUCCUCCCGGAGAUGUUCCUGCUCUCCCUUUGCUGUGACCCCUGGCACUCAGCCCCUCUGGCACUGAGCUAACACUGGUGUCAGAGGCUGGCUUUUGGGCUGGUUAAACUGCCCAGCUGGCUGCAGGAUUUGGGUCUCGAGGGAGUGGAAGUGCAGGUGCAGAGGGGGAGGCUGGGGACAGUGCUGAGCCCUGCAGGGACACGGUGAAGUGUCUGUCACUGUCAUGUGCCUUUGGGGUGAGUGGGGGUGAAGAUCUCUCAUGAUCACACAGGUGCCUGAGGCUGGAUUUGAAAUCCUUUCUGUGUGGGGCCAUGUGGGUCAGGCAGUGGGCAGAGGCUGCAGAGCAUCCUUUGGGAGGAGCAGAGCAGCAGUGGAACGAGGCAGGAGGAG